AGCCUUUUUAUCAAGAUUGGAUUUGCAACAGGCCUUAGUUAUGGAUAGUUCCGUGCCUGAAUCUUUGCCGCCUUUGCCCGAACCUUUGCCGCCUUUGCUAGAGUCCGACUUCGCAGAUACACCCAAUUUCAUGAACUAUGUUGACCACCUGCUGAAGAAGUUGGAGGUUCCCAAGGACAUGGACAAGAACUUCUUGAUGAGUCUGAAGAGGAUUGAGUUGGUGGAGGAUUGCGCAGGCGGGGCAGCAGCAACAUAUGCAAUGCUGGACUUCAACUCCCGGCUUCCCAUUCCAUGGAAGACCUUAUCUGUGUCUGAGCGAUGCGCCCGAAAGCGAGAGUGGAUGAAGCUUCACUAUGUUUCUCAUAUUGAGCACAUGUUCAUGGACAUGAAGAACGUGGCCUGGGGUGGGCAUUGCUUUUUGCACGAUGAGUCUUGCCACUUCAGGCCCAAGGUGUGCAUCAUGGAAGAGGUGCAAUCAAUCGAGGACACCUUCCCUGGUUUGGAGGAGGCAACCGGUCACAAGACAGCGCUGGACUACAUGAUGCACAAGUUCAAGACUGCCUUGCCUGCAUACAAUGCAGAGAUCUUCAGGGUACAGACCUCUGACUGGAACAUCCCUCAGUCCCGAGGGAGGAUCUACAUCCUCCUUGUGCGGAACAAUUUGGCAUCAGUGGAAGAUCUCAAGAUGUUCCAUCACCUUUUUGACCAGUUUCUGCCCAAGAACACUCCCGAGAGAAAAACGACGAUCAAACAGGUUCGGGACUACGUGAAGUCUCUGUUAGAAGCCUACGGGGAGGAACCUGUUCUUCCCCAACCUGCCCAGGAUGGUCGACGGAGUGCAGCUGCUCAGCUGAGGGAGCGCAAAGCUGCCAAGGAUUUGAAGCUGGGUAAGAGGAAUGGCCCGUGCAUCUACUCAGAUGACAUCCCGUUCCAGCAGAAAGUCUUGCUGAAUUCCAGGCAGAAGAAGGUCCUAGACCUCACCUAUGCAAGUUUGCUGGAUGACUACAUUGAUCCGAUUGCCGGUGGAUACAUUGUGGACCUGGCCCGCUCCUAUGACAGGCGAACUUUGUCAGCAAGUCAGAUUUCUGCAUUGACCAGCAAUGUCCGGCUGUUCGACAUCGCUGCCAAAGAGUUGCUUUGUGGCCAGGACCUGCUUGCGCUCCAGGGCUACGACAUCAGCAAGCUGACGCACGAGAGCAUUUCAAGGUUCACGUAUUCAGAGAUCAACCGGAUUGCAGGAGAAGCCAUGUUAGCCCCGGUCAUUGGGACUCUUCUUGGCUUGGCUCUCUAUGGCAUAGUGAUUCCAAGCAAGGGGGGAGGUCGCUUCAACCUGUCUCCGGUGCUUCGCUUUAGAGCCGGAGGGUUUUCCAAUGAUCCAUGGAACCCGCACUUGCCAAUUGCCAGAGAAGUUCAGCUCCCUUUCACUUUCAACAAAGGAUUGUGUGGAGUGUUCAUUUGGCUGCCUGAGAAUCAGGCUGGAAGCAACAAGUUUUGUGAAGUGUGUAGGCUUGGGUUUGCCGUUGGCAAACCAGUCUUUGUUUGGCGGAUCCGCCUUGGGCCCAUUUUUGAUGACUCCACUCUGGUGACCUUGCACCCGGAGUGCGUUUCACAACGGUGCACUCUUUUUGGCAAGGAAGCCGACACCUUGCAAUAUGUCAACGAGUUCCUUGAUAAGUGGGAGCCUGACAUCAUGCAUUCGAAGACGCAUGAGGCACUCAUGUUGGCGAAGACCGAUCUUGAAGGUGUGUGCUGUGAUUAAUUCGGUCUUCUGAUGGCCACUGGCCACUGACCAUGGCUUGGAGCUGACACAAUGGAGAUGGACUCACUCACUUAUAUAAGGUGGUUGGAUGCGAAGUGAAC